UUUCUUCCUUUUCUUUUCUCUCACUUCUUCUUCCUUGCCGUAAACCAUUUUGCACAAAAGCAAGAAACCCAAACCCUAACACUCUGAAGUUCACCCAUAUUUCUAGCCUCAGUUUCUACAUUGUAUGGUAACUCUUUCAUAAGCUUAACGAGUGCUGUUUUUGUUGAGAGUGGAGGGUAAAACCCAGCUGAACAAACCCUAGGAACCUUCAAAAGAAGCAAAAAAAACCAUCUUUAAUUGGUUUUAAAUAUUGGGUCUUUUUUUUUUGAAUUUCUCUCUAAAACCCAAAACCAUUACUGAAUGAAGAACCCCAUCAUUGAGUAGCAAAGCAAAGCUCGGUUAUUUACGUUCUGUUUUCCCCCUACAUUCACCUAACAAUGUCAAACCAAAGACCCACUUUUUUCUCCUUUGUUGCCCUUUGUUUUAUAGUUUUCUCCAAUGUGGCUUUGGUAACUUCAAAAUCAACAAUCGAACCUUGUUCGAACUCUGAUUCCUGCAACGCCUUGUUAGGGUACACUCUCUACACAGAUUUGAAAGUGGCCGAGGUUGCUUCCCUCUUCCAGGUUGACCCCAUUGCGGUCCUCACGGCCAACGCUAUCGAUAUCUCUUACCCCGACGUCGAAAACCACAUCCUUCCUUCCCGGCUCUUCCUCAAGAUCCCCAUCCAAUGUUCCUGUGUCGAGGGAUUCGAAAAUCCGUUCCACCAAGUACAAAACUCGCCCACAGGACACGCUUCGUCGAUUGCUGACUCCAUUUAUGCUGGUUUGGUGUCAGCUGAUCAGAUUAGGGAGGUCAACUCCAUUGCUGAUCCAUCCGUUCUUGAUGUGGGGGAGAACCUUGUGGUUCCUUUGCCGUGUACUUGUUUUAAUGGUACUGAUAAUGGACUGCCCGCCGUUUAUCUGUCGUAUGUGGUGAAGCCAGUGGAUACUUUGGCUGGAAUUGCAGCUAGUUAUUCCACUACGAUCACAGAUUUAAUGAAUGUUAAUGCUAUGGGGACUAGUUCUAUUAAGGAUGGUGAUAUUCUAGCUGUUCCUUUAUCAGCUUGUGCUUCGAAUUUUCCCAAAUACGCCUUAGAUUAUGGAUUGAUUGUUCCUAAUGGGAGCUAUGCUAUAACUGCUAGCCACUGUGUCCAGUGCAGCUGUGGGCCUGGGAGUCGCAAUUUGUACUGCAUGCCUUCUUCGUUGGCUGUUUCAUGUUCAAGCUUGCAAUGUAAAAGCAGCAACCUUAAGCUGGGGAACGUUACAGUGCAGCAAAGUAGUGCUGGAUGCAACGUUACUUCUUGUGCUUACGGUGGUUAUGCAAAUGGCACCAUUAUCGCAUCGUUGUCAUCUUCUCUUGAACCUCGAUGUCCAGGACCGCAACAAUUUCCUACCCUCGUAGCCCCACCUACUUAUGUACCGGAUUCGGCUUUUGCCCCAGCACCUUCACCCCAGUCGGAUGGUUCCACAACAACUGUGCCCAAGACUUCGACAGUUCCUUCUACCGGGUCACUUCCAGGAUUUGGCCCGGCAGGUGCUCCACUGGGAAGUAUGUCUGAAGCCUCCACAUUGGUGAAUUCGGUCUCUAUCCUUCCUGCUGCACUUAUGACAUGCUUGCUUAUCAAAUUAAUCUCACCCGUGUCAUUGUAAUUUGGUCGUCUUUGUUUUGAAGAUUUCUUGCUUUUUGAUCUGUCCAGGUUGUCUGUAGCUUUAUCCAUGACUGCAUUUACAUUCUUGCUGUUAGCUACUUUGGUUUC